GCAAGCUUCGAGAUUGGUGCAUUGCUCGUGCGAAAUUCGCACGAGAACAGCUGUAGAGUUCGGUUCAGGACAUUUUCGCAGUCAGUAAAGCUGCGUGUAGCGCCGCGUACGCGAAACGCAACAGCAGCCUCCGGUAGCUCCAGCACCUCUCUGGCAGCCACACGCCGUCGCAGCGUCGACGCAACACGAGACGAACCAUGCCCCUCCCCGAGGGCCUCUCGCCCCCUUUGUUAAUAGCGCUGGCGGCCGUCUGGUGCCGUUUCGUAUAUGCGCUGUGCACGCCGAACCUAUCAGGUGCAUUUGUAGCGCUGGCGACGGUCGCGGCGUGGCGCUGGGCCGUCCGGGCCAAGCGACGACGGAAUAGUAAUCACGCGCGAACCAAACCGGCGCCGACGCCCGAGAUUGCUCAACGCGCCGAGGCCUCAGGUAUGACUGUCGAACAAUUAGACGCCGACGCUUUGAAUACGAUACAACGCUGCGCCAAGCUCGCGACGAACGACAGCGAGGGCGAGGCGGAGGAAUUAGGCUUCCGCCUCGUGUUGACCUUCGACCUCGCCGUGACGCCUUCAGAAGCUUUCAGUAAAUUCUGGGAAAAUGAUUACUACGCGCGAGUGCUAGAGGAGAAGUGCAACAACGAGGACGUGACCUUCGAGCCUUGGGUGAGUGAUAAUCCAAAGACGCGGAAAGUGAAUACCAGACAUCCUUUGGCGAAGGAUAUUAGUAUGCCCGGCAUCUCUUUUAGUAUACCAACCGCGAAGAUCCAGCGCGUCUUCUUCGACGUCUGUGAGAUGGCGUUUUGUAUUGUCGAGGAGUCGCGUUUCGAGAAAAUACCAUAUGCGCGGGCCCUGGCCGUCGAGACGGUGUGGUUGUUCCAGCGGAAGGGGUCGUCGAUCUUUGGGAGAGUGUAUUAUAGGUGCGUCUUCGAUUGUACGGUACUAUCAGUACCGAAGUGGAUCCAGAGCUAUUGCAACGCGCACACGCGCGAAGAAUUAAUUGUUACGUACGGGCACUGGAUCUCGGCGGCGCGCGAGCUGUUGGAAGCGGAGACGGGCGUGCGCAGCGCCCGCAUGGUCGACACGCCGCGCGAGGCGCCGCCGCCCAGUUGGGCCGGCGUCCCGACCAACGGGUGGGACGACGUCUUCCCCGAGACGAAGCGGUGGCUCGAGGGUUUUGACGCGGUCUCCGCGGACCAGGUCUCGCUGAAGACCGUGGUCUCCGCCGUGAGCGUUGAAGAGGAGGUCGAAGCGAGGUAACACU